UAUUUAAAAAAUUAAGGUUAUAAAUUUAAUGUUUUUAAGUGAUAAAUUAAAUUUUAACAUUAGUUUAAAAUUUGAUCCCAAAAUAUUUUUGUUACAAAAUUCUUCUAUUCAGAGUACACCAUGAACAUAAAACAAAGUAUUCAAGUUUUCCACAAGGAAGGCUCAAAAAUGGCCAACACCAAUACAGAAUCUCCAAAACAUUCCACAGUUCCCAGUACACCUGACCCUGUGGCCCCACAGCUCACAACAGGGCAUAACUUAAAAAAUGUAAAUCCCUUGAGCUUCAAGACUGACACAACUCCAAUGACAAGUAAAACAAAAAAAUCCUUAAGACUUAGUGACCUGAUGUCAGCAAUGUAUCCAGGAUUAAAAAUUGGGCAUAAGUAUUGCAUUCAAAAACCAAUGCUGGUUCCUAAAACAAUGGGUUGGCUAUGGAACACAGAAGAUACAGCAACUGGGGUUCCGUUUCCUAGGGGAUAUCGCCCUGGAGCAAUUGCUCUGGGUGUUAAAAAAGGUAAGAUGCUACGACCACGCAUUUCCGAACCAUCAAACACCCCAGUUGGUGCUAAGGGGAGAAAAAUCAGAAGAAAAAUAAAAACAGCAAGCUCAACAGUCCUACAAUCACAACCACCAAGUUUAGAAAUAUCAACAAAAGAGGACAGGCCUCCAACAUUAUACAUUAGAAAAGAAGGGGGCAUUUACAGAGUUGUGAUGCAGCCUAUUAAAGACCCAGGUGCUGAAGACAAUGAAGAAGAAGAAGAGCAACCUGUGCAAUUUAAAAUAGCAGAGGACUCGGCUGACUCAUCAUCCAGACAUUCUAAAUCAUCAUCUUCUUCCCUGAAGAUAGAGUAUGUUUGUACAGGAGCUUUGAGGAAACCAACAGUAAAACCUGCAUUAACAGAAAUGGGGGUUCAGUAUGAUACAGCAGAUCUUGCAAAAAAGGAACCAGAACGACAUGUUAAAAUUAAAGAAGCAGUCAAGAAAAUGGCUGAAAAGAAAGACAAAAAAGAAAAGAAAUAAUCUGAAAAAUAUAGCAAGAAAUAAAACAGAUUGUAGGAAGUAACUGAACAAUAAGGAAUGAAAAGUUACAUAUUAUUCUUUCGUUAUGUAAAUAUUGUAAUUAUUAACUAAUCAUAUCAGAAUUAUAGAUUAACAUAAGAAUAUCUUCA